GACUCGGAGGCAAUAAUGAUCGGAAAUGGUGGACUCGGGGGGCGGUAGAUCGGAAAUGGUGGACUGGGAGGCGGUAUGAUCGGUAAUGGUGGACUGGGAGGCGGUUCAUUGAACGGAAACGGUGGCAUUGGCGGUGGAUCUAUGUUUGGAGGCGGAAAGUUUGGUGGUGGAAUGGGAAAUGGAGGUCUUGGAGGACUUGAAGGUCUCGGAGGUGGAAACAUGAAUAAUGGUGGACUAAAUGGAAACAACGGUUUUGGUGGCAGUAAUGGAGCAAUCGGUGGAAAUGGUGGCUUUGGAGGCAAUGGUGGCCUCGGAGGUAAUGGUGGCUUCGGAGGCAAUGGUGGUCUUGGUGGAAAUGGUGGACUCGGAGGAAAUGGUGGCCUUGGUGGUAUGGGUGGUCUUGGUGGCCUUGGCGGUAUGGGUGGACUUGGCGGUGGAUUUGGGAAAGGUUCAAUGGCAGGUUCCGGAAUUUUAGGUGGUGGAAACCUUGGAGGCUUAGGGGGCGGAAACAUUGGAGGCGGUGGUUUAGGAGGCGGUAACAUCGGAGGCGGAGGCUUAGGGGGCGGUAACAUUGGAGGCGGUGGUUUAGGAGGCGGUAACAUCGGAGGUGGUGGAUUAGGGGGCGGUAACAUUGGAGGCGGUAUGGUGAAUGGUGGCUUUGGUAUGGGAGGUCUUGGUGGAUCAGGAGGUAUGAACAGACUAAGAAAAUCCUAUUAGACACUUGUGACCAAUCCUUGGAAGUACAAUCCUUAAAAUUUCGCUUUUUUCGCCUGCGUGAUUGCAUUCUUUAUUUUUAGAUCUACCGUGAAAUGAAAUUAUGACAUAUGUCGGACACUGUGCUUUCCUACAAUAUAUUUGUACUAUUUCUUAAAUUGUUACUUUAUCGACGAAACUUUGUGUACUUUGAAGAUUAAAGAUGAAUUAAAUGAUGAUGAUAAUGAUGAUGAUGAUCUAGAUUGUUAAAACAACAGAUGAUAUGAACAAACUUGUUGGACUUAUAAUUAAAAUAUAGGAUGUAGCUUCCUGGUAAUGGUUUAUUACACCUAUCUUUAUAGGAAUGAAUGUUUCGUAUAUGAGUUCGUUUAUAUACGAAUGAUAGUUUAUGUAAUCGGAAAUAGAGAUAGUGUAUAUAAUAUUUAUGUCAUAAUUUGUGUCCUUUUUACAUUUAUAUAUUAAUAAUAUUUUAUAUGUGAAUAAAAUAAACUUAUGCUGCA